CCCAUUAGUCUUCUUAGGUCUCUCCGACGACCAAGAGUCAGAUUUAUUUGACACGCAAUCCUAAUCGUUUUGUAUUCGCGCCUUGACGUCGACACAUACUCUCUCCUCUCAUGGAGGCUCUAAUCAGCGACUCCCAUGGCGAUUCCGUGUUCGAUAAUGUUCCUAGACCUCCAGAUAUUCCUCUGUAUGCGAUGAUUGCAGCUUACAAUGAAGACCCUAGUCCAAUCAAGCUGAAUUUGGGUAUUGGUGUAUAUCGGACAGAGGAUGGAAAACCUGUUCUUUUAAAUGUAGUUAGACGGGUGGAGCAACUACUGGCUAAUGACAUAUCUUCAAAUAAGGAAUAUCUUCCCAUCACUGGAAUGCCUGAAUUUAACAAAUUGACUGCUAAGCUUAUUCUUGGCGUAGACAGCCCUGCUAUCAAUGAGAACAGAGUGGCUACUGUCCAAUGCUUGUCUGGCAGUGGAUCAGUGAGGAUUGGAGCUGAAUUUUUGGCAAAACAUUAUCACCAACGCAUGGUAUAUAUUUCCCAGCCAACUUAUGGAAAUCAUCCAAAUUUUCUGAUAGCGGCAGGACUUGAAAUGAAGACCUACCGUUACUAUCAUCCAACAAAACAUGAGCUGGAUUUUCAAGGAAUGCUGGAAGAUAUUGGCUCUGCAACGUCAGGAGCCAUUGUGCUUCUCCAAACCUCUGGUCAUAACCCUACUGGUGUAGAUCCAACUCUUCAGCAGUGGGAGCAGAUCAGGCAGUUAAUAAGAACGAAAGGAUUGUUACCUUUCUUUGAUUGUGCUUAUCAGGGUUUCGUAAGUGGGAAUCUGGAUAUGGAUGCAGAAUCUGUUCGCAUCUUUGUUGCUGAUGGUGGUGAAUGCCUUGCAGCUCAGUCUUAUUCAAAGAACAUGGGACUUUAUGGUGAACGUAUUGGAGCACUGAAUAUUGUUUGCAAGACUGCGGAUGUGGCAAGCCGGGUUGAGAGCCAACUGAAACUUAUUAUCAGACCCAUGUAUUCAAAUCCACCCAUGCAUGGCGCAUCCAUCGUGGCAGCUAUUUUGAAGGACAGGGAAAUGUUCAAUGAAUGGAUUAUUGAAUUGAAGGAAAUGAGUAAUCGUAUCACUUGCAUGCGCUGCCAACUCUUUGAUGCUCUGUGCGAUAGAGGUACUCCUGGCGACUGGAGCCACAUUACCAGGCAGGUUGGAAUGUUCACUUUCUCUGGCUUGAAUGAAGCACAAGUUUCCUUUAUGGCCAAAGAAUACCACAUCUACAUGCCACCUGACGGGAGGAUUAACAUGGCAGGCCUAAGCGAGAAUUCAGUCCCUCAUCUUGCCGAUGCCAUUCAUACAGCGGUUACCCGUGUCAUAUAAAUCAUUGGCAGUGUUCUUACAAACCACCUGUUAUCUUGGAGAUAGGUGGAUCGAAUUGAGAGAUUGUGACAAGAUCAUUAUCUUCCUACAUGUUACAUUUAACAUUUCCCCAAAACAUGAACAAUGAAAUGUUCUUCGCACGUCUAGAAUGGUCUGGCAGAAAAAUAAUUACUUGAAGUUGAGAUUGACAAAACCUACUCAGAUACCUGGUCAACUCACUGGGCGUUCCUAUGAACUUAUUACUUAUCAGAUAGUUGCAAACUUGCCCCUUUAAGAAGGGUACUUGGACAUUCAAAUGGAAUGGGCCUAACGUUUGGCCCAUCAAAAAAAAGCCCCUACCGGCCUGUAAGAUAUGGAUUUUGUUCAACUUGAAGUGGUAACUCGCAAGGAAAAUUGACA